UAACGCUCCAGCAGAGGUCGCAGCAUCACUAGAUUUCUACUUUUAGUGUCUGAAGCGAGGAAACCAGUGAAAAGCAUCACUCAGAAAGCAGACCGGGAAGAGUCCAGCGACCCAGACUCAGACUGCUGACCGCGACAGGAGCCCGCUUGUUGUGUCUCCUCCUGGUAAAAGUAGCUCUCGCAGAGCAGCAGGCAGAGAGAGCAAAGCUUUCAACAGCUCUCAUCAAAACGGGCUGUCUGGUAUCAGACACAAGCUGGGGCUAACAACUCCCUCUGCGGUGGUGAAGCUGGGCAUCACUCUCCUCCUCGCUGCUCUGACUGGGUAUCUCCACUGGCAUCACCUCACACAGCUGUUUGAGAAUGACAGACACUUUUCACACUUGUCAAACCUGGAGAAGGAAAUGGCUUUCCGGACAGAAAUGGGUCUGUACUAUUCCUACUACAAGACCAUUAUUGACGCUCCCUCUUUCCUGGAAGGCCUCCACAUGGUCAUGAACGAUCGGCUGACAGAGUACCCCCUGGUUAUUAACACACUGAAGAGAUUCAAUCUCUAUCCCGAGGUGGUCCUGGCCAGCUGGUACCGGAUGUACACAGGUAUAAUGGGAUACUUUGGGAUUCCCACAAAGAUGUGCUGGUCCAUCAACAGAGGAGAGGGACUCACUCCUGUGGACAGCUGUGAAGGGAUGGGCGACCCUGCGUACUUCUACGUGACCUUUGUGUUCCUGCUGAACGGCGCGAUGAUGAGCCUGUUCUUCAUUUACGGCGCCUACCUCAGUGGCAGUCGACUGGGCGGCAUUGUUACCACGACGUGUUUUUUCUUCAAUCACGGCGAGAGCACUCGUGUGAUGUGGACUCCGCCCCUGAGGGAGAGCUUUGCCUACCCCUUCUUAGUCCUGCAGAUGCUCCUUCUCACCUACAUCCUACGGACACGGAACCCGAGCAGGACAGCCAUGGUCGCCCUGGGCAUCUCCAAUCUGUGCUUUAUGCUGCCUUGGCAGUUCGCCCAGUUUGUGCUGCUCACUCAGGUGGCUUCUCUGUUUGCUUCUUACAUCCUGGGUUACCUUGGCGCCGCCAAGAUGCAGUCCAUCCUGGUCACUCAUAUGAUCACUCUCGGCGUCUGCUUCGUCCUCAUGUUUGGCAACUCCAUGCUGCUCACGUCCUUCUACGCCUCCUCGCUCAUCUCUAUCUGGGCAAUCAUUGCAUUGAGGGAUCGAUUUGCUCAAGUCUUCAAACCUGGCGUCGUCACCUGGGUCAUGCAGGUUUUGGCUUGGGUCGGCUCCACAGUUCUGCUCAAAUUCAUGCUGUCCACAGUCCUCUGUGCCUCAGAUGAUGCUCACAUCAGUGGACUGAUCAAGUCUAAGUUCACGAGCUACAAGGACUUCCACACUCUGAUGUACACUUGUGCUGCAGAAUUUGACUUCAUGGAGCUGGAGACCCCUAUACGUUACCUCAGAACGUUGCUGUGUCCCAUCAACAUGCUGGUGGUUGCUAUCAUCGCUGGGAGGACUGUCCAGGAUAUAGUCCGGUUCCUGAGGGACGGAGGGAAGACGUCUGUCAAGCCUGAGGAUGUGGAUGAAGCUGCAGGGUCUGAAAUAGCAGCAAAAGGAGAGCUGGUGUACCACAGCCUGCAGCUGGUGGCGUUUGCUGUCCUGGCUGUCCUCAUCAUGCGUCUGAAGCUCUUCCUGACGCCCCACAUGUGCAUCAUGGCCUCGCUCAUCUGCUCCAAACAGUUGUUCGGCUGGGUCGGAGAGAGGUUUAAACACCAGGUUGCCGUGUUUGCAGUCAUGGCCAUCAUGGCCAUACAGGGAGUGGCCAACCUGCAGGCCCAGUGGGGGAUCAUCGGAGAGUUCAGCAACCUGCCUCAGGAGGAGCUUCUGGACUGGAUCCAGGACAACACCCGUCCUGAUUCCGUGUUCGCUGGAGCCAUGCCCACCAUGGCCAGCGUGAAGCUUUCCACAGGUCGACCCAUCGUCAACCAUCCCCACUAUGAAGACGCUGGUCUGAGGGAGAGAACCAAGCUGGUGUACUCCAUGUACAGCCGCAUGUCUGGAGAAACAGUGAAGGGGAACCUGAUGACGCUGGGAGUGGAUUUCUUUGUCUUGGAGGAUUCCUGGUGCACCAGGCGAACCAGGCCCGGGUGCAGCAUGCCAGAGAUCUGGGACAUUGAGGAUCCCGAAAACGUUGGUAAAAUUCCCCUGUGCACCCACAUGUCCAGGAGCUCACGACCCUACUUCACCACAGUCUUUUCCAAUGACAUUUACAAGGUUCUCAAAGUCCCCAAAGCUACCAAAGAUCUCAGAUAACACCGUGAGAUGGACUGGUUCCGCACUAGUUGUGCUUUCCACCACUUCUUUUUUUUUUUUUUUUUUUAACAUUUUUACAGGUUUUGAUCAGUCACUGCCAUUGCUGCUUUUUACUGAAACCCCCACAGUUCCCCUUUUUUGCGGUGCUCUGAUUCACUUGAGCGGUUGGACAGGCCAAAAUAACUUGCCAUGAGUCUCUUCACUCUUGGUGCGCUCAUAGUUCUCAGUAUUUGUGACUUAAAGGAACUCCCUGUUCCCCACAUUUUGCCAAUCAUUCUUAUUGCUGCAUCUUUGUCAUCCAGCGACGUUCCCAUUACGUCCAUUGGUGCCCAAGUGAAAGCCGAAAGUUGCCCUAGCGCUUCAUUUAGUUUGAUGCUUUGGUUCUGUUAUAUAGAAUCCUUAGUUUAAGGAACAUUGUCCUAAAAGAGAUGCUGUUCAUACAUCAGUAUUGUUUCUUACUGUAUAGAAUUCAUUUUCUUUCACUUUCACACAAGUAGUACAUUUUGUCUGGCCGGACCAAUCAAUGAUGUCCACAUACUGUGAAGCAAUACCUUGACAAAAGCUAACUUUUUCUGUUGUUAUGCACAGUGUUAAUCUCUGAAAAGAUUUUUCAGUAGUACACAAUUUUUUUUAAUUUAUUUGUGUGAGUAUUUUUAAUGCAAAUUUCAAGGUGUUAAAGGAAUAGUUCACCCAAAUACAAUACAAAUCGUAUAUAGUACUCACUCACUCCUAGGCUCUCUAUGGUCCCAGAAAAAAAUAGUCUUAUCGACUGGCGUUAAGGAGAGCUGAGUGCCCGAAAAAUGAAAGCAUAUCAGUGCAAACAGAAUUUGACUGAGGGCGAACAAAAGACAGAAAAAAAGGUUAUAAAACGUCUGAAAAAUGUUGUAAAAAUCCCUGUACAGCAUUAUCCAAUUGUCUUGUAUCCAUUCAUGGGCUCAUGGAAAUCCAAACACAACUAUUUUUACGAAACUAUUGCUAGACAAAGCAUUUCCGGAUUAUCCUCCCGUGAAGGAAUUUAUUGUGCACUUGUGUGCGUUUACUCACUCGUGCUUUGAAUUGAUGACCCGCCUACGAGUAAAUGCGCACACGCCGAUGUUAUAACCUCUUUUGCUGUCUUUCGUUCGGCCUCCAAUGUUCUUUCAUUUUUUGGGGCGUUUCACUCUUUUUCUGGGACCAUAGAGAGCCUAGGGAGGUGAGUACUAUAUACAAUUUAUAAUGUUUUUGGGUGAACAAUUCCUUUAAGACAUUUUUUUUAGAAGCCAACAGUGUUUUAAGAGUCUUGGAACCACAGGGGGAAAUUCUGUUCUUGUGAUUUGAAGCUUUUACAAAUAUUUUUACUACAUAUCAUUCAGCCUUAGCGUCCAGAUGGAAUUGGUGCCAUGCCAUUGUUCCGAUGGCCCAUUAUUCCAAAAACCCCAAUAGUCAAAAAAAUUUCCCAUUCGACCAAAGCCUAUUUGUCUGAAAGCCUGUUACCCCAAUAAAAAAAACGCCCAUUGUUCCGAAGGCCCAUCGCUCCGAAAAUACAAACUCUCCGUGCAAUGAACAGAAGCACAUGGCUAAUUAUUAUACAAAAUGAUGUCAUUGGACCUUUUCGGUCCCGUUUUUUUUUUUUUUUUUUUUCGACCAAGGCUAAACCUAACUAAUCUCACUCCCCAUGCCAAAAGGUAACCAAUCCAACCAGCGAAGGCAAUGAGUAA